UAAUGACCAUUCCAUUUCGUAUUUGCUAGCAAAACGGAACAUGCACAAUUUGAAAUUCUCGUUGUUUACUCUUUGCCUCUGUUUGUUCAUGGUCAAUAGCAAAGAAACAGAACAACUCUUAAAGAUUUCUGUACCAGUUACCGAAGUGGAGCAUAGUGACCAGUAUCUGUGUCAUGCCUUUCGUCUCGAUGAAGUAAAGGAAGCCUUUAUAAGAAGGGUUUACGUAGAUGUGAAGUCAGAAAUGGUACACCAUGUCACCCUUUCAAUUUGCGAGUCCCCGAUCACAAAUAACAGUCUGUGGACAUGUGCUCGGGAUCAGGGCAAAACAUGCACUGGGAAUGCUGUGAAUAUCAACGGUUAUGAUUCAAAAACGAAGAACGUUGGACGAUAUGAAUUUCCUAAAG